UCUGUCUCAAAUUAAAAAAAAGUCUUGCUCAAUACACUACAUACAUACGUGGUUAAAAAUGGAAUACUUUUAAAACAAUUAUGUGUCGACAAAAACGGUUUUGCUUCAGAGUAUUCUAACGUUUACACAUUGAAGACCCAAGCCUGUGGGAAGCAGGAUACAAACUUGACUGCAUAUUUGCACCUGAUGUCAACCAACAUGCCAAGUGGACCUCCCUCUUUCUUGGAUAUGCAUAUCAACCCAGCAUCCAGUCUGUGUCCUGCAGUCCUCUGGCGGACGAAUGCAAAACAUCUGUGAUUUGAGGGUCGCCUUAAAGACUCCAUGUCUUUCUUGGACUGCUCCUGCAUCUCCACCACUCAGGUCCAGCCCAUGGAUAUAGAAGAGUGCUAUGAGGACACCAGUCUGCAACACUUGCAGGUCUCUUUGUGUGACCAUGAAAGGCCGACAAUGGGGGGCGGUGACAGCAGUACGACAUUGUCGGCAACACCGGCCCACUACCAGUUUCUAACUGAGCUUGGGCGGGGCUUUAACAACCUGAGCCAGGUGCACAUGGCACGCCAUACCCCAACCGGCCAGAUGGUGGCGGUCAAACAAACCAACCUGGAUGAGGUCACCGAGGAGGAGCUUCUGCAGCUCAUGAAUGAGGUUCUUCUGUCUCGAAGGUUCCGUCAUCCAAACCUACUGACGUCCCGACUUGUCUUUAGCUCUUGCUGCCAGCUGUGGGUCCUCACGCCGCUCAUGGCCUACGGUUCUGCACACUCCCUACUCAGAACCCAUUUCCCUGAUGGCAUGAGUGAGUCCCUUAUAGCUUACCUGCUUUAUGGUGUGCUGCAAGCAUUGGAGUACCUGCACCGCAUGGGCUACGUUCACAGGGGUGUAAAAGCCAGUCAUAUCCUGCUGUCAGAAGAAGGCCGUGUCUACCUGUCAGGGCUCCAAAGUGUUUACAGUAUGAUGCGUGAUGGGAAGCGGAUGAGGGUGGUGUUUGACAUGCCUCAUCACAGCCCCGCCCUGCUGCCUUGGCUCAGCCCUGAACUACUGCAACAGGACCUUCGUGGUUACGGAGUUAAGUCCGAUAUCUACAGUUUGGGUAUUGCCGCCUGUGAAUUAGUGAGCGGAAGGGUGCCUUUUCAGGACAUGGUCCCUACUCAGACCCUGCUUCUCAAGCUACGUGGCUUACACCCUUGCCUGCCAGACACGGCGCCCUUUCCACUCAGCAAACUGAAGGUGUCCCGGUCAGGGCUGGACUCCGGCAUGGGAGAGAGCUCUGCUACCGGGAGCGCCACGCAUAGCACCAGUGCACCGCCGCUUGCGACAGACGUCCCUCAGAGCCCUGCGCCCAAGAACCAUUCGGCCACUCUGCACAGUUUGGUACAACUGUGUCUACAGCAGCAGCCUGACCGCAGACCGUCGGCCUCUGCUUUGUUGACCCACGCCUUUUUCAAGCAGGUGAAGAAGCACACCAGAGACUCCUUCCUCAGUCUGGUGUACCCAGCAGUGCCACUCACCAGCUCAGAGGGGCUGCCUUUGUCCUGCCCCCCGUCUACCCCCUGCCAUGUUCAAACUGCAUCCCCGGGUGUCUGUGCUGAGGUGGCAUGGAUUUCUCCUGAAUCCAACAGGGAAAAAUCGUUGAAGGUUUGAACUCCUGUAGUUUUAUUGUGAUCAUUACCCUGAGCCUUUAAGAUUAUUUAGAAUUUUUUUUACGUUUUUAUUAGAUAUAUAUUUACAAGGUAACUGUGAAGAUGCUGUAAUCAUCUCAUGAUGAUGAAUUUAUAAUAUUUGUUGUGGUAGGAACCCAUUGAAUUUGUGUAGGGAUCUUUAUAAUGACUUUGUGGAAAACAGACAAAUUUAGGGAAGUUUUCCAGUUCUGUACUGGUUUGGUCAGAAUUAGAUUCACCUUUAUUGUCAUUGUUCUGGGGUUACAAUGAGAUUUAGAGCAACAAUAAUGACUCUGCUGACUUAUAGGAACAUAAAACUAAGUAUUUAGGAUUUUGUAAGUCUACAAAGAUAUGAACAUUACAUCAUUUUUAUGGUUUAUUGUUGGAAUUAGAAAAAUAACAUUAAAUGGUUUAUAAAUACAUUAGUAUUGGAGUAAAAUAAGUACCGUAUUUCCUUGUAUUGCCGCAGGGCAUAUAGUAUGCGCCGGCCUUGAAUACUGCCGGGUCAAACUCGCUUCGCAAAAUAAUUAGCGCAUGCUUACUAUUACCGCCUGGUCAAACUCGUGACGUCACGAUUGACACUUCCCCUGUCAUCAUUUUCAAAAUGGAGGAGGCUGAUUUCAAUAACGGUAAUUUGAAAUCGCAUAAGGGAAGAAGAUUAAGAGCUAUCCAGUAGGAUUUAAGGUCCAAGCUUACAUCACACUCUAAUUUUUACUGCAUACCUUUGGUAAGUGCUGGAGUGAGAAGAGGUUUUAAAAUAAUUACCGCAUGCUUACUUUUACCGCAUGCCUUUGGUAAGCGCAGGAGUGAGAAGAAGUUUUGAAUUAAUUGACGCCCCGGCGGCAAUUCAAGUAUAUACAGUAUUUGAUUCUAAUACAAACGGUGGUUAAGUGCAUAACCGCAGACAAAUCAGCGGUUUCUUGUAGUUAUAGGGAUUUUGGUGAGAGAAACGUUACAAAACAGAAUGUUUGCACUUUCAUGUUUGACUGGAGUAAUGUUGUUGGAUUCAUAUUCUACAUUUCUCUGCAAACAAAGACGUCCAGUCCACUCGAUGCCAAACACCUGUCACAUGACCUCAUCACAUUCUCCUUGUCCCCUUGUGUGACUCAUUCAGGUGUUAAUUGUCAAACUUGUAGUCAUCCCAGUUUAGUGAAGGUCUACAAUCCUGUCCCUGAGGUCAGCUCGUUGGUCAUGACCAUGGUGGUGUAGGAUUUGAAUGCAAGAGUGUUUGUGUGACGGGUGUCUUUUCUAUACAUAAUGAGUUGAGAUCAGAAUAUUUUCCUAAAGGCCUACUGAAAUGAGAUGUUCUUAUUUAAACGGGGAUAGCAGGUCCAUUCUAUGUGUCAUACUUGAUCAUUUCACGAUAUUGCCAUAUUUUUGCUGAAAGGAUUUAGUAGAGAACAUUGACGAUAAAGUUCGCAACUUUUAAGCGCUAAUAAAAAAGCCUUGCCUUUACGGGAAGUAGCAGACGAUGUGCGCGUGACGUCAGCGGUUGUGGAGCUCCUCACAUCCUCACAUUGUUUACAAUCAUAGCCAGCAGCAGCUAGAGCUAUUCAGACCGAGAAAGCGACAAUUUCCCCAUUAAUUUGAGCAAGGGUGAAAGAUUCGUGGAUGAGGAAAUUUAGAGUGAAGGCCGAGAAAAAAAUAAAACGGUUUUUUUUUUUAAAGAAAAAAAAGGCGAGGGCAGUGAGAGCGAUUCAGAUGUUUUUAGACACAUUUACUGGGAUAAUUCUGGGAUAUCCCUUAUCUGCCUAUUGUGUUGCUAGUGUCUCAGUGAGUUAAAUAGUACCUUAAAGUCAGAGGGUUGUGGCCACGGGUGUUUUGACGCCAGAGUCUCUGAGAGAAGUCACGGCAGCUGCAGGAGGACGCUGGCUCCGCUGAUCCCUGGUAAGAGGCGAUUUAUUUCCACAAUUUUCUCACCGAAAACUGCCAGUUGACAUGUGGUCGGGAUCCAUGUUUGCUUGACCGCUCUGAUCCAUAGUAAAUCUUCACCUCCGGGAAUUUUAAACAAGGAAACACCGUGUGUUUGUGUGGCUAAAGGCUAAAAGCUUCCACCUCCAUCUUUCUACUUUGACUUCUCAUUAUUAAUUGAACAAAUUGCAAAAGAUUCAGCAACACAGAUGUCCAAAAUACUGUGUAAUUGCACGAUGGAAAGAGACGACUUUUAGCCAUAAGUGGUGCUGGGCUAAUGUGUCCCCUCCAACCAAUAACGUCACAAACACUCGUCAUCAUCGCGUCAUCAUUCCGCGAUGUUUUCAACAGGAAACUCUGAGGGAAAUUUAAAAUUGUAAUUUAAUAACUAAAAAGGCCGUAUUGGCAUGUGUUGCAAUGUUAAUAUUUCAUCAUUGAUAUAUAAACUAUCAGACUGCGUGGUCGGUAGUAGUGGGUUUCAGUAGGCCUUUAAAGGGAUAGGACUUAUUUUUGUCUUUCAUGGACACAUUACCACUCUGUGGGGUCACAAUCUUAGUCAAUAUUUUACUUAUUUCCCACAGCUAAAAGCAAUUUGGAACUUUUAUUUUAAUUUAAUCGUUUAUAUAGUUCCUCUGUUCAAAUAAAGCAACCAUAAAAAAUGAUAUUUUUAUGAGAGCAAACUUGCUUGUAGAGCAGUGGUUCAAAUACGUAUUUGUAUAUUGAAUAAUUUGCGCAGCAAUAAGUCACUUGGAUGACAAGAAAUGUCAUGAACACAAAUACUUGUUUUGUUUGUGUUGCGUGUGAAAUUUCUGCUGCUGCUGUUUGUGUUCAAAAUGUAUACAAACCCCAAAACCAAUGAAGUUGGCACAUUGUGUAAAUCGUAAAUAAAAACAGAAUACAAUGA